AUGGUCAUGACACUUUCUCUGACGGUCUUCGACAACUUCCGGUAUGGACUGCGCUCGAUGGCGCCGGUUGGUGUCUGGCCUGUCUGGCUGCCGUGGACUGAAACGCUUCUGCUGGCUGCUCGCUUCGGCAUGGAUGCUCACACGUGUGAGGCAGCUGCGCAGUCGUGGGCGAGUCUCGGUUUGGCGGAGCUGGAUCCCUUGCCUCGACAUUGCAAGGGCCCAACAGACUAUACUCGCAUUGGUUUGCUUCCAGCGGGAGACGAAACUGAUAUGCUGUCGGUUUCUUCGGACGAGGAGCCUCAGACCAAAGAAUCCAACAAUGAGUGCAUGGAUGUUCCGUCUGCCGGGGGGCUGGUGGACAUACCCAUGCCGGUCUCUUUCAAUGCCGAGGAAGUGCAUCUCUUGCCGGCUUUUUUCGACUUGUGGCAGAUGCAUCGUCAGGACAGAGCCUGGGGGCUCGACGACGGUGUAGCAGUGGACAUACCUGCUUGGGCUGCCGAGUUGUUUCAGUGUGGCUUUCCCUGGACAGCUGAGCUUGUUCGUGCGUGCAGUGAAGGUGACUCUUACCAGGCUGACGAGUUUCGCCCGGCUUCGUCCAAGAUGGUGCUCACUUCCAAAGUGGGGGAUGCGUGGACAUACAACUUCGUACCCCCCAACCAGGAUGUACUGCUUGUGCGAGAGCAACCUACUUCCAGCUCGUCCGCAGGGUUUUUCGGCCAGUUCUCAGUGGUCGUGGUCCUUUUCUGGUUUGCGGUCGUCGAGGGAAUGGAAGCGGCUGCCUUCCAGAUGGCAGAAGAUGUGGCCGGCGUCAUGGGCUUCCGAGCAGGCCCGAAGGCUUCAUGGAAAAUGAAGCUUCCCGUGAAGAAGUCCGGCUCUUCCAAGCAGCACCAGAAGGAAGCGCGGAAGCUUUACGGCUCCAACUACCAAAGCAGUUGGAAAAGGCAUUGGUGCGACGGUGCGACUCGGUUUCGUCAGAGUCGCAUCAAGCCUCCGGACUUGCUGAAGCUGCUGGUCUUCUAUGCGCGAUCCAAUCGAUUGAAGAGCCCCAAAGUCUGUGAUGCAAUGUCACACUUGAAGUUGGGGAAGAAUCAAGUCCAGCAUAUUUACAGUGUGCUCUUGUCUCAGGAAGCUACAGCCGGCCGAAAGUUUUGUGCUCAAAAGCAGAACCUUUUCGGACAGUUGGAGUGCGACGCGCACACCAUCCGCAAGAUUUACGUUAGCAAGACAAACCCUGAGUUUCAAGACGAGAUCCAAGAUGCUAUGCAGGGGUGGAAAGCUCAGAAACCUGGCAAGCCAGAGCCGAAGUAUUGGCUUGGACAUGUGCGUAUUGCUGGCAUCAAAGCACGUGCUGCUGCCACCGUGGUUGUCGUUUUACCGACUCGUCUUGUUCCUCCAAGUUCAAGCCCUCCUGUUGAGAGCUUCGUGGAACUCAAGAACUCCGGCCUCAUCAACCAUAUUAGCACAGAUCGCGGGAGACAUUCUUUGCUUCACUCCGAUGGUGCUCAAGCUUGGCCUCGUUUGGUCUCGGACAUGGGCAAAGCCGUUGUCACGAGUGAUCAUGUCAGCCACUCCAAGCACGAGUUCGCCAGAAAAGUUGCUGUGAAGCGGCGGACGAACAAGAGGCCCGCAGCAUACAUUACUGGCACGCAAAGCAUCGAUCGGUAG